GACCUCGACGAAACACUGAUCCACUCCAUGUCCAAAGGCAGCCCGAUGUCUGACGGCCACAUGGUUGAAGUCCGACUCGACAAGCAGCACGCGAUUCUCUAUUAUGUCCACAAGCGGCCGUACUGCGACGAGUUUCUGCAAAAAGUGUCGAAAUGGUACAAUCUCGUGAUUUUCACCGCCAGCGUGCAGGAGUACGCCGACCCGGUUAUCGACUGGCUCGAGCAGAACCGAAAGUACUUUAAAGGCCGGUAUUACCGCCAGCACUGCUCUUUUCGCUCGGGUGGAUACGUCAAAGACAUUUCUGUCGUCGAAGCGGAUCUGAGUAAAGUAAUGAUCAUCGACAACUCACCCAUCAGCUACCUUCUGCAUGAAGACAACGCGAUCGCAAUCGAAGGCUGGAUCAACGAUCCCUCGGACUUGGACUUGUUGCAUCUGAUUCCUUUUCUGAACGGAAUGCGCUAUGUCACUGACGUGCGGAGUAUAAUCUCUCUUCGCAUGGGUGAGAAUGCUUUUGCGGUAUAG